GACAACUAGUGCUAGAUGGUGUGUGUAGUUGCGCGUCGGCUUGACUUGUUGUUUUUCUUGAGUUAUUUUAUGUAAUAUGUUUUUAUUUGUGACUUAGAAGCCAGGGAGUGAUAAAAGGAAUUAAAAUGUCGCUCGAAAUUCCUUUGAUGAGCACCGAUGAGGUGAUUGAGCUGGAUCCGGAGCAAUUACCCUCUGGAGAUGAAGUGCUCAGUAUAUUACAGCAAGAACGAUCCCAACUCAAUGUUUGGAUCAAUGUCGCCCUUGCGUAUUAUAAACAAAAAAAGAUCGAUGACUUCCUCAAGAUACUGGAGGCGUCCCGUGUGGACGCGAAUAUCGACUACAGGGACUUCGAGAGAGAUCAGAUGCGAGCCCUGGACAUGUUGGCUGCUUACUAUGUCCAGGAAGCCAAUAAAGAGAAGUUGAAAGACAAGAAGAAGGAGUUGUUCACAAAAGCCACACUCCUUUACACUAUGGCUGAUAAAAUCAUCAUGUAUGAUCAAAACCAUCUCCUUGGCCGAGCUUACUUCUGCCUCCUCGAAGGUGAUAAGAUGGAACAGGCAGAUGCACAGUUCAAUUUCGUACUCAACCAGUCCCCGAACAAUGUGCCAUCAUUAUUGGGUAAAGCGUGCAUUGCCUUCAACCGGAAGGACUACAGAGGAGCCCUAGCUUUCUAUAAGAAGGCCCUACGUACCAACCCUGAUAGUCCUGCAGCUUUAAGAUUGGGAAUGGGACAUUGUUUUAUGAAAUUGAAUAACCAAGAGAAAGCUAGGAUGGCGUUUGAAAGAGCAUUACAACUGGACCCACAAUGUGUGGGCGCUCUAGUCGGUCUGUCAAUCUUGAAGCUAAAUCUACAGGAGAACGAGUCAAAUAAAAUGGCCGUGAUAAUGUUGUCAAAAGCCUACGCUAUUGAUCCCAAAAACCCAAUGGUUUUGAACCACUUGGCUAAUCAUUUCUUCUUCAAAAAGGACUACAGUAAAGUCCAGCAUUUAGCCUUACAUGCGUUUCACAACACUGAGAAUGAGGCAAUGCGGGCUGAGAGCUGUCACCACUUGGCGAGAGCAUUCCACGCACAAGGGGACUGCGACCAAGCCUUCCAGUAUUACUACCAAGCCACACAAUUUGCUCCGGCCAACUUUGUGCUACCACAUUACGGAUUAGGACAGAUGUAUAUCUACAGAGGUGAUACUGAGAAUGCGGCGCAAUGCUUCGAGAAAGUUCUAAAGGCACAGCCGGGCAACUACGAAACGAUGAAGAUAUUAGGAUCUCUAUAUGCCAACUCUCCUUCACAAUCCAAACGUGAUAUAGCGCGGCAGCACUUGAAGAAAGUCACUGAACAGUUCCCAGAUGACGUCGAGGCGUGGAUCGAGUUGGCGCAGAUUUUGGAACAGAAUGACUUACAGGGAUCACUAAACGCAUACAGCACAGCUAUGAAGAUCCUUAAAGAGAAAGUAAACGCAGAUAUUCCCGCGGAAAUCUUAAACAAUGUGGCUGCCUUGCACUAUAGACUAGGAAACCUUAACGAGGCAAAGACAUAUCUGGAAGAAGCAUUGGAAAGAGAAAAGGCAGAUGCGGAAACACUAGACGCCCAAUACUACAACUCCAUAGCCGUCACCACUAUGUACAACUUAGCUCGGCUGAACGAAGCUCUAUGUAUCUACAACAAAGCCGAGAAACUUUACAAGGACAUCUUGAAAGAACAUCCUAAUUACAUCGAUUGCUAUCUGAGGUUAGGCUGUAUGGCGCGGGACAAGGGUCAGAUCUACGAGGCGUCAGAUUGGUUCAAGGAGGCCCUGAAAGUGAACACAGAGCACCCUGACACGUGGUCGUUGCUAGGCAACCUGCAUCUCGCCCAGCAGGAGUGGGGGCCUGGGCAGAAGAAGUUCGAGCGGAUACUGCAGAACUCUUCUACUUCCAACGACGCUUACUCGCUUAUUGCUCUUGGUAACGUGUGGCUACAAACCCUGCACCAGCCGUGUCGCGAGAAGGACAGAGAGAAGCGUCACCAGGAGCGGGCACUCGCCAUGUACAAGCAAGUGCUCAAGAACGACCCCAAGAACAUAUGGGCGGCUAACGGCAUAGGCUGCGUGUUGGCGCAUAAGGGUUGCGUGAACGAAGCCCGCGACAUCUUCGCUCAAGUGCGCGAGGCUACGGCGGACUUCCCCGACGUGUGGAUGAACAUAGCGCACAUCUACGUCGAGCAGAAACAGUACAUUAACGCUAUACAGAUGUACGAGAACUGCGUGCGCAAGUUCCGCAUGCACCACGACGUGGAGUGGCUGACGUGGCUGGCGCGCGCGCACGGGCUGGCGGCGCGGCCACAGGCGGCGCGCGGGGCGCUGCUGCGCGCGCGCCGCGUGGCGCCGCACGACGCCGCGCUGCUCUACAACACGGCGCUCACGCUGCGCCGCCUGGCCGCGCACGUGCUCAAGGACGAGCGCUCCUCGCUCGACGUCGUGCUGCGCGCCGUGCACGAGCUGCAAGUCUCACACAAAUACUUCCAACGCCUAGCGUCAGCAGAAGGCGGGGAGGGGGCCGAGCGGGCCCGCUACGAGCCCACGGCCGCCGGCGCCGAGGCCAGGCAAUGCGCCGACCUGCUCUCACAAGCGCAGUGGCACGUGGCUAGAGCGAGACGACAACACGACGAAGAGGUCACGCUCAGAGACAGACAGAGAGAACAGAGGGAAGCAUUCAGGAAGCAACAGGAAGACGAACGCCGCCGUCGCGAGGAGGAACAACAGAAGUCCACAGUGGAAAUGUUACAGAAGCGACAGGAAUACAAAGAGAAGACAAAGAACGCUCUACUGUUCGCCGACAUGCCGCUCGAACAGAAAUCUAAGGGCCGCGGGCGGCGCCGCGACGAGUAUGUCUCGGACUCCGGUAGUGGCAGCGACCGCCCGAGGGAAGAAGGACGAGAGCCAAAGAAGCGUAAAGGCGAGCGCAAAGGGCGUUCCAAGAAGCGCCGCGACCGGCGCUCCGGUAGCGACAGCGACGCGCCGCCCAGCAAGCGAGGCAAGAAGAGGGGUGAAAAAGGCAUCGGCCGCCGUGAAAAAGCGAAAGCGAAGGCCGCAGAAGAGAAGCUCAGUGCGAAACAACGCGCGAAGAUCGUGUCUAAAGAAACUAUCUCCACGUCCGAGUCGGAUUCUGAAGCCUCGGGGAGGUCCAGGGGCAGAGCUCGGUCGGGAAGCAGCAGGAGCGGCAGUAGAAGUGGGAGUGGCAGCAGGAGCCCGCCGCGGAACAAGCCACGCAAGAGGAUCAUGUCCGCUUCUGACAGUGACAGGUCAAAAUCCCGAAGUCGGUCCCGCUCAGGCUCAAGAGGUCGUAAAAGCCGGUCGAAGUCUCGAUCCAGGUCGAAGAGUGGAUCCAGAUCCAGAGCCGGAUCCCGAUCUAAAAGCAGAUCCAAAUCGAGGUCGAAAAGCCGAUCCAAGUCGCGAUCCAAAAGCCGAUCUAAGUCGCGAUCCAAAAGCAGAUCUAAGUCGAGGUCAGGAAAGAGCCGAUCAAGGUCUAAAAGCCGAUCCAGAUCCAAGAGCAGGUCUAAAUCGCGAUCCAGGUCUAAAAGCAAGUCCCGUUCCAAGUCGAGGUCCCGAUCGAAGAGCGUAUCCAGGUCUCGGUCUAGGUCUAAGAGCGGUUCUCGCAGUGGUUCCGGCUCUAGGUCCGGUUCCGGAUCCAGACACGGGUCGCGACCCGAGACACCUGUUUCUAGAAAGUCUGUCUCGGCUAGUGAGGACGAAGCUUAGGCUAACUUGUAAAUAUUAAACAUAUUACAUGAGAGGAAUUCUCUUAGGUUUUUGAAGCUCUGAAAUUGACAGUUUAAUACUUUGAAUUUAUGUAUUGUAAUAUAUAAUGGGUAUUUUGUACCAUCACCCAUAUGCAAAAGUCCUGUAAUUGUAUCUGUUUAAGGUGAUGUGUUUCAGUCA